GUAUAGCAGGAGGAGGGCAUGAGCACGGGCAUGGUCCCCGCGUGGUGAGUGACUAACUAGCGCCGCACUGCCACCGCCCGCUCACCGCCCCGCUGUCGCAGAUGACCUGAUCAACGAGAUCGAGCGCUUCAACGACAUCGGCGACGACAUCGACGAGUCGUUCAUGGAGCUCAUCCCCGGCGUGGACCCCACGCCCAAGCAGGCCGAGGUGAUCCGCAAGGAGCGCGAGCGCCUCGCCGAGAUCAAGCGCAAGGAGGACGAGCGUCUGGCCGAGAUCAAGCGCAAGGAAGACGAGCGCCUGGCCGAGAUCCAGCGCAUCGAGGACGAGCGCCUGGCCGAGAUCGCGCGCGUGGAGUACGAGCUGGCGCACCCCAAGCUGCCCACGCCGCCGCCCGAGCCCGAGGUGCUGCCCGAGCCCGAGCCCGAGCCCGAGCCGGAGCCCGAGCCGCCCAUCACGCCCGCCGUGGAGGAGGUGGUGGACGGCCACCGCAACGUGUGGUGCCAGGCCGACGGGCUGCUCACCCCGCCCGGCGAGGACGCCAAGAUCAUCGCGCCCAGCCCCGGCGUGGUGCCCGCCGCGCCAGCCGCGCCCGCCGCCGGGGCUCCCGCCGCCGCCCCUGGGGCCGCCGCGCCUGCUGCUGCUGCACCGGCCGCCGCCGCUCCUGCUGCUGCUGCCGCCCCUGCCGCCGCAGCGCCCGCUGCUGCUGCCCCGGCUGCAGCUCCAGCUGCCGCGCCCGCAGCUGCCCCAGCGGCUGCUCCGGCUGCCGCCCCGGCCGCUGCCCCCGCCGCCGACGCGGCUGCGCCCGCUGCCCCCGCAGAUGCCGCCGCGGCUCCGCCCGCCGAGGCCGCCCCGGCCGCGGAGGCUGCCCCGUCCGCGGACGCCGCUCCGGCCGCCGAGCCCGCCCCCGCCGCCGCCGAGCCCGCAGCGGAAGCGCCCGCCGCGGAGGCACCACCCUCGUAAAUCGCGAAACAAAUUCACCACUCCAAAAUAGACUUAAAAACAUCCUUUCGAUCGAUCGACGCGGAUCUUCUGUAACAUUAAUCAAAUAUUUUUGUACUCGUAAUAAAAAAUACAACGUAAAAUCUCAAAAAAAAGCUAUAGCUGAUGGAAUAGUAUAAUUUGGAUGGUAGGCGUGUGUGCGUGCUAAUCGCUCGGUCGUGUGACGUGCCGGCGGGACAGUACAGAGCCGCGUGU